AUGCUUUUGUUCCUGUCCUGUCUUAUCCUCUUCCCUUUUCUCACCUAUUACAUCUCCACACUACUAUUCUACCGCCAGGUGAACAGCAAAGCAUCUAGAAAAACGCCUCCAACUAUACCAUAUCUAUUUGCAGGUAUCUUCCAUGCGUUUAGUCUAGCAUACGAGGGCCCGCAAAAGUAUUUCGCUACUUUGCUAAAGGAGUAUGGAACCUCGGCUCCAUUCGUCGUGAGGGCAGGCCUCCAGACUUUUGUCGUACUUCGAGAUCCCGGGCACAUUGAAAAGGUGAUGCAAGCUUCAAAGCAAGGGGUUCCAGAUGCGAUUGACUUGCACAAGUACGGAGAGGUCUUUGGAUCCCCUAGAUCUGUCCUCGACCUCUAUGCAGGUCGAGGGGCCAGCACAAGCACAAAACAAGCACUUCGACAUGCCCACGUAGAUUUGCCCAGGAAAUAUUUGACAGGCACUGCACUCGCCAACAUGACGGACGUAUAUGCCACUUCUCUCUCGCGAUCCCUAAAUGACAAGAUGUUCCAAUUUAAAUUCUGGACGCAGAUUGAAGAUUUCUGGUCCUUUUUCCAACAGGUGAUUACGAGAUGUACGAUUGAGGCCUUUUUCGGCUCCGCAAUCCUCAAGGAGCACAGGAAGCUCUUGAAGGAUUAUUGGGCCUACGAUGAGGCGGUGGCAGGUUUCAUGCCGGGCAUGUCGCGUCUGCUCAUGACCGCCACCUACGAAGCACCGCGUGACAGGAUGCUCGAGGGCCUGGAGAAGUGGCUCAAGAACCACCACAGCGGAUCUGAGUUUGCCAGAAUCAGCGAAGAGGAUCCCGCCUGGGAUGAAGACAAGGGGUCCAAGUUUCUGCAGGAAAGAGACGACGUGCUUGCAAAGCUGGAGGGGUUCAAUGUCCGCGCACGUGCUGCUGAGAUGUUGAGCAUCAUGCACAGUCUAAACACAAGCGUAGUACCCCCCUCUUUCUGGUCCCUAAUCGAGAUCCUACGCGACGACUCCCUCACCAAGCGCCUAACCCCUGAAAUCGCCAAAUUCCACGCCUCCAACUCAGGCGAAUACGACGUAACCGGGCUAACAAGGCUCCCAUUCCUCCAAGCCAUCCAAAAGGAAACCCAGCGCCUCCACGUCGCAAACUGCCUUGUCCGCACCCUCGACAGCGACUGCGAACUCGACGUAAACUGGCAACUCCCAAAGGGCGCCUCCGCAGUAGCCUUCUCGCACGACUUGGCCAUGAACACUCCUGUCUGGACCAGUGCAGUCCCGCAGUCUGUACAGCAAGCUCUGACUCAGUUUUGGCCGGGACGCUUCCUCGUACCCGACAGGACGGCGCUGGCGAGGCAGUCUCAACAGCGGAGACAUGAGUCUGGCAGAUUUACCAUGCAAGGUCUCGAGCAAAUUUUCGCCUUGUUUGAAAGCGAUCAGGACGCUGCACUCCUAGGGGAGGAACUCGCCCACGCCUUUCGGGCGGCAACGUUGGCUGUCUUUCUCACAGAGUUUGAGUUGCAAUUGUGUGAGGUCGAGGUUGUGCAGGGGGAAGAGUUGCCUCCUGUACCGCAACUUGCGUUUGGCAGGUUGGGGUUCCAUGAGAAGAUGGCGGUGCGGAUAAGGAAGCGCGCGGUUUAG